UUCCAAACGCGCUCCAACGGUCAUCUCCCUACAGGCUACAGCCAAACCUCAAACCCCAGCGGUCGGUCCAAUUCAAAAAUCGAAUCCUGCGCUCCUUCCCCAAGCUAUUCCCAAACUGCCCCACGUCUCAUCCUCGCGAGUCGCGACCUCGCAAGCCUCUCCGACCCCCAGCUCAACGAGAUCGGGCGAGCGAUCCCCUCUUCCCCGACCACCAGAUCGCAGCAAUGGAGCCGGAUCCGGUCGCCGCUGGGGCAUCCUCCUCGCCGCCGCCUUCACCAGCGCCGGCCACGUCCCCGCCGUGGCAAACGCGAGAUGACGAUGAGCCGGGAGCGGUGGAUUGCGCGGAUCCCGGAGGAGACCUGAAUCCCGCGCCGCCGCCGUCGCUUCAGCAGGUUGAGAACGCCGCGGUGGGCAGCGAGGUGGAGCAGGAGGAACCAAAGAAGGAGGCGAUGGCAGGAGUAGGGGAGACUCUCCGCAGCUUCAUGGAGGAGUUUGGGGAUCAAGGAGAGGACUCCAUUAUCUUGUCACCGCGGCUGAAGGAUAUUAGUACUCCUGACCGCCCCGCUGCCCUCGGUUUCCUAGGGGAGAAGUAUAACAACCUCAUGGAGAGGUACAAGAAGUACAAGAAGCAGGUGGUCAAGUGUUCCGAGGAGUGUGAACCAAGAUAUAAUGGCCUGAAGAAGAAGUACACAGACGAGUGUGCAGAGAGGCGGCGUCUGUACAAUGAGCUUAUUGAGCUAAGAGGUAACAUUAGGGUGUUCUGCAGAUGCAGACCUCUGAGCUCCGAUGAGGUCAACCGUGGGUGUUUAUCUGUUGUUGAGAUUGACCCAUCACAGGAGAGUGAGCUGCAGUUUGUGCCCAGUGAAAAAGAAAGGAAGCCCUUUAAGUUCGAUCAUGUUUUUGGGCCAGAGGAUGACCAAGAGGCCGUCUUUUCAGAAACAGUGCAUGUUGUUAGGUCAGUGAUGGAUGGUUUUAACGUAUGCAUCUUUGCAUAUGGGCAAACAGGAACUGGGAAAACUUUCACAAUGGAAGGGGUUCCAGAAAAUAGGGGUGUAAAUUAUCGGGCUUUGGAAGAAUUGUUCAGAACGUCAGAGAAAAGAAGUGCAUCUGUUGCAUACACAUUUUCCGUAAGCAUCUUGGAAGUUUACAAUGAAAAGAUCAGAGAUCUUCUUGAUGAGAGCAAUGAUCAAUCAAAAAGGUUGGAUAUUAAGCAAAAUGCUGAUGGAACACAAGAAGUUCAUGGUUUGGUUGAGGCUCCAGUUUAUAACAUAGAUGAUGUGUGGGAGAAACUGAAGUUUGGUGCUCAAAAUAGAUCUGUUGGCUCAACCAAUUCUAAUGAACUCAGCAGCCGCUCCCACAGUUUGGUUAGGGUCACUGUUAGGAGCGAGCAUUUGGUGACUUAUCAGAGGAGCAGAAGCCACAUGUGGCUGGUUGACCUUGCUGGAAGUGAGAGAAUAGCUAAAACUGGGGUAGAAGGAGAUCGGCUGAAAGAGUCACAGUUCAUCAACAAAUCACUAUCUGCCUUGGGUGAUGUUAUAUCUGCCCUUGCCUCAAAAAAUUCCCAUAUUCCAUACCGGAAUUCCAAGUUGACUCAUUUGCUCCAAAGCUCUUUAGGCGGCGAUUGCAAGACUCUAAUGUUCGUGCAGAUAAGUCCAAGCUCUAUGGAUUCAGGAGAAACUCUCAGUUCACUCAAUUUUGCCAGUAGAGUCCGGACUGUAGAACAUGGCCCUGCUCGUAAGCAAGUGGAUCCAGCUGAAAGUUUGAAGUUCAAGCAGAUGACUGAAAAACUUCGGCACGAGGAAAAGGAAAAUGCACAGCUGAACCAAAGCUUGCAGCUGAUGCAGCUCAAGUACGCUUCUCGUGAGAAUGUCUUCAGGACACUAAACGAAAAGGUGAAGGAUGCUGAACAAGCAUGCAGAAAUUAUCAGCAACGGAUUAGAGAGCUGGAAAGUGAAUUAGGCAAUGAGAAAAGGGUUUCUAGGGAUUCUGCUAGAUCCUCAAGGCCGCCACUUGUUCCUACGAGACAGAAGCAGCCUCACGGAAGGAACGCGCCACCUUCAGGCCCUUCUAGAUGGAGGCUCAAAGCCCCCACAAUCCACAACAAAGAGAACAUUCCGGUGAUGAUGAACAAAUCAAAUCCUGGGGAUGACCCUAAUAAGGCUGUUGGCAGAGCAAGGCGCGUUUCACUUACUCCGGUGAUUCGACAAAUCCCCAUCCAGCCCAAGAGGCGGUCUUCGAUAGCAAUACUACCAUCUGUGAGAGAGCAUCUUUCUGUGCUAAACGAAAAGAGAGCAGCGUCUCGACUGUCGCAAGUCAACAUGCCAAGAAGAUCAGUCGCGACCUUUGGUUUGAAUUUGGGUCCAGGAACACCCCUUGCAGGACAUGGUGGACCUGUUGACGCCACCCCAGACGGAGCAAAGUUCAGGAGAUUUGAUCUAGGAAGCAGCAGCAGCAAGUUCACGAGCCCUCCUCCGAAUGUCACCCCGCAGCGGAAGAUGGGAAUGGCACCGGCGGGAGGUCCUCCAAACGCAGCCAAGCUGUGCUUCAGCAUCCAGAAAAGAGUUACGCCUGCACAUGUUCGGGCAAAACCUGGUAUGGGCAUCUUUGACCCAGCUCUUCGUGAGAAUAUGGUUGUGGGGAGAACCGGCAACGCGCUGCGGGUGCUCAACGGCAAGAGGAGACAGUCCGUUGUCUAACUCUGGUACUGCAAACGUUUGGACGUUCGAACGGAGCUGCAGUGUGGUGAGAAUGAUGGUGCCUUUCAGCUUGUUCUUAGUGAAACCGUGUUAGGACAGAAGAUAUUCUUCUCAGCAUCCGUAAAUGGAUUUUGAUUGGCUCUUACUAGUUGAUAAGAAAGCUAUGUUAACAUUGCCCAUGGAAGUCGUUGAUUAUAUUUGUUCGUCACAAAGAAAGCUAUGUUAUGGAAGUCGUCGAUUGUAUUUUUCGUUACUAAGAACCGCUUGCUAGUGCACUUCUAAACCA